AUGGGAUAUGGCACCUCCGGCUACUACGACAUCCAUCCACACUGUGGAACGAUAUCGUGUCCCGUUACCAUUGAAAGCCCCAAAACAGUGAAGAAUGAGGACGUGCAAAACGUAUCAACGCAUCUCCAAAACAAGAUACACAUGCGCACCACGCCCCUGCUCAUUAUUUCUAGAUUCCCUACCCCAACACGUCGAACAGCCCUGAACGACUGGAUAAGCCACAGUUUCGGGUUGGUUAAUUACUACGUCUCUGGCGAUGAUAGCAUUUCCUAUCAUUCCGACGAUGAGGCCCAUUACAUAUCCCAACAUCGCUAA